UCAGAGUGAACUAGAAAAAAGACACUAUCGCAACACAGCMGAUUUUCAGCAUGAAUAAAAGUUCAGUUCAKAAUGCUAUUGGCGACAAUGCGAAAGUGAAAGAUAUGUCACUCGUUCAACGUCCAGAGUUCGACCAUGAGUUCACCAAACCGAYCCUCGUAACGCUGAUGGUGUYCGCUUGUCUGGUUUCUUUGUUCUCAAACAGUCUCAUCAUUCAUGUGGUCAGAGUGAAUAAAAACAAGCGCAUGCGUACAACGAGGAUGUUUUUCAUCGUUAACAUGGCUUUUGCUAAUGUUUUCGUUUCARUUUGUGUUACUUUCUACACCACCAAGUACAUAUUUAGCGGACUGGAAUGGAGUUCUGGAGUUUUCGAACUGUUCAUCUCCAAGUUGUUCUACUACAUCGAACUAGUAUCAAUAUUGUGUUCCGUAUACAGCCUUGUUGCUAUAACAUUUGACCUUUUCAUGGCUGUAGUGUACCCUUUCAAGUACAAGUGCAGUUCUUCCUGGACAAAGUAUAUUGUACCAUUAGUUUGGAUUGCAUCGUUGACCCUUCCUUCGCAUCUMAUUUUCACAAAUAUCAAAAUAGCUGAAAUCAAGUCUCUYAAUGACAAUAAAACGUACACCGUGGCAUYGGAUGCCACCUUAGAGGCUGCCAUUGUGGCUUCUCUGGGAUAUAUWAUACCUCAUGUUGCCAUGGUAAUGAUGUGCGUCAUGAUCGCAUACAAGCUAUGCACAAGACGACUACCCGGUGCGCGUGUGCAGAACGCUGAUCACCGUCAUUCCGCUGAACACGUAAAAACUGCCAAGAAAUUCAUCCAAAUGAUAGUUUGUGUUAUGCUUGUUUUUAACGUGUGCUGGUUUCCGAGUUUUUUUCUUGUUUGCUUUGUGUACUUUAUGCGUUUAAACUAUGAAUACCACAGCGUUGGAGGCGUUGUUGCUUUUAGUAUAAUAGCCGUAUCAAAUGGAACUUUUAAUAGUWUGAUUUAUGCGAUUUUUUGCUUAGAUUUUCGAGCUGCUUUCAAAAGUGCACUAGGUUGUGGAUGAGAUUUCAUCAUUUGCAGCUAGUUUGUUUSAUCAUUUACAGCUAGUAUAACCCUAUGAACAGUGCUAAGUGCUUGAACUAUGUAGAUGUAGAUGUUUUACCGUUUUUGGUUCAUACCACUAUUGUAAGAUAAUAAGUGUUAAGACGUUCGUAGUAUUUACGGUUUUUUUAAUGAAAUGUAAAAAUAUUUAUCAUUUCCCAAAGCUCAUAACUACGUAUUUCGGCAUAUGAGAAGCAAUACUUAGUGUUGAUCUUCAAUAGAGUGGUUUUCAUUAACCCGUGAAACACUUUAGCGUAUUUAUUGCUAUUACACUUUGGCUCUUUUGUUUUUUAUUGUCUCUAUGCGACUAUUACGAUCUAUUACACUCUUAUUAUUACUUUGUUUCACGGGUUUAUUCAAACCACUCUACUUUGGUUACAACAGAACUCGGGCCAUUAUUUGUUAUUCACUUAAUCAAAAAUUAUAAAGAUAACUUGCAAAAGGACAACAUUCUCCUUAUCUAUUUUAAUAGGACUGAUUUAUUAUUGCACUUUUUAUUUGUUGUAUUAUUAUUAAGUGGCCAUGCAACCUAAUAUUCUCAUUUCAAGACUUUUACUCAAUAAAUUCUCCAAAAGUC